GGCUCCUCCUCCUCCUCUUCUCGCCAUUGCAGUUGGACUCCGCAGCCCGGUGCGCACCGCGUGGCUUUUUCGGGGGGAGACCCCAGCGGGCUGUGGCAGGAGGGCGGCGGCGGCGGCGGCGGCUGCGGUCGGGGAAGCGGACGCCGAGAAGAUAGUUGAAGUGUUGGUAACGCCAGGGGACUGUUACAAUCUGAAAAGCAAAGCUUGAUUUCCAGACACUACAGGAAAAGAAGUGAAAAUGUUUUCACAUUUCCAGCGCCCAAUGCGAAUUUUUGUGAACGAUGAUCGCCACGUGAUGGCGAAGCACUCUUCAGUUUAUCCAACACAAGAGGAGCUGGAGGCUGUGCAGAACAUGGUGUCCCACGCCGAGCGGGCCCUCAAAGCCGUGUCUGACUGGAUCGACGAGCAGGAGAAAGGCAGCGGCGACCAGGCUGAAGCCGACAACGUGGACGUGCCGGCUGAGGACGAGAACAAAGAAGGGGCUGGGGAGCAGAAGACGGAGCACAUGACCAGAACCCUGCGGGGCGUCAUGCGGGUCGGCCUUGUAGCCAAGGGUCUCCUGCUCAAGGGGGACCUGGAUCUGGAGCUGGUGCUGCUCUGUAAGGAGAAGCCCACGGCGGCCCUCUUGGACAAGGUGGCUGACAACCUGGCCAUCCAGCUCGCUGCCGUGACAGAAGACAAGUAUGAGAUCCUGCAGUCUGUGGACGAUGCUGCAAUUGUGAUAAAAAACACAAAAGAGCCUCCAUUGUCCUUGACUAUCCACCUGACUUCCCCCGUGGUCAGAGAAGAGAUGGAGAAAGUAUUAGCUGGAGAAACGCUAUCAGUCAACGACCCCCCGGACGUUCUGGACAGGCAGAAAUGCCUUGCUGCCUUGGCGUCCCUGCGCCACGCCAAGUGGUUCCAGGCCAGAGCCAACGGGCUGAAGUCCUGUGUCAUUGUCAUCCGGGUCCUGAGGGACCUGUGCACCCGAGUGCCCACCUGGGGUCCUCUCAGAGGAUGGCCUCUGGAGCUCCUGUGCGAGAAGUCCAUCGGCACAGCCAACAGACCCAUGGGUGCCGGCGAGGCCCUGCGGAGGGUGCUGGAGUGCCUGGCGUCAGGCAUCGUGAUGCCAGAUGGUUCUGGCAUUUAUGACCCUUGUGAAAAAGAAGCCACUGAUGCUAUUGGGCAUCUAGACAGACAGCAACGGGAAGAUAUCACACAGAGUGCGCAGCAUGCACUGCGGCUUGCAGCGUUUGGCCAGCUCCAUAAAGUCCUGGGCAUGGACCCCCUGCCUUCCAAAUUGCCCAAGAAACCAAAGAACGAAAACCCCGUGGACUACACCGUUCAAAUCCCCCCCAGCACCACCUACGCCAUCACCCCCAUGAAGCGCCCAAUGGAAGAGGACGGGGAGGAGAAGUCGCCCAGCAAAAAGAAGAAGAAGAUUCAGAAGAAAGAGGAGAAGGCCGAGCCACCGCAGGCCAUGAACGCGCUGAUGCGGCUGAACCAGCUGAAGCCGGGGCUGCAGUACAAGCUGGUCUCGCAGACCGGCCCCGUGCACGCGCCCAUCUUCACCAUGUCCGUGGAGGUGGAUGGCAAUUCCUUUGAGGCCUCGGGGCCGUCCAAGAAGACUGCCAAGCUGCACGUGGCCGUCAAGGUGUUGCAGGACAUGGGCUUGCCCACGGGCACCGAGGGCAGGGACUCCAGCAAGGGGGAGGACUCGGCCGAGGAGACCGAGUCGAAGCCUGCGGUGGUGGCCCCGCCCCCUGUGGUCGAAGCCGUGUCCACCCCCAGCGCUGCCUUCCCCACGGAUGCCACGGCCGAGAACGUAAAACAGCAGGGGCCGAUCCUGACUAAGCAUGGCAAGAACCCAGUCAUGGAGCUGAACGAGAAGAGGCGUGGCCUCAAGUACGAGCUCAUCUCCGAGACCGGGGGCAGCCACGACAAGCGCUUCGUCAUGGAGGUGGAGGUGGACGGACAGAAGUUUCAAGGUGCUGGCUCCAACAAAAAGGUGGCAAAGGCCUACGCUGCCCUGGCAGCCCUGGAGAAGCUUUUCCCCGAUGCCCCUCUCGCCCUGGAAGCCAACAAGAAGAAGCGAGCCCCGGUCCCUGUCAGAGGCGGGCCGAAGUUUGCUGCCAAGCCGCAUAACCCUGGCUUCGGCAUGGGAGGCCCCAUGCACAACGAGGUGCCCCCGCCCCCCAACCUUCGAGGCCGGGGCCGAGGAGGGAACAUCCGCGGGCGAGGGCGAGGCAGAGGCUUUGGCGCCAACCACGGAGGCUACAUGAAUGCUGGCGCCGGGUACGGCAGCUACGGGUACGGAGGCAACUCGGCGACAGCAGGCUACAGUGACUUUUUCACAGACUGCUACGGCUAUCAUGAUUUUGGGUCUUCCUAGAGCGUCUAAAAGUAUUGCACACAAAAUCAACUUUUUACUCCAAUUUCCUCCAACUCCAAACCCACAGUGUCCGUGCCGUGUCCCUGUGCUUCACUGGGUUUCUCAACCGUGCUUUCCACCGCAGCUUGUCUGAGACUCUUACCUGCAGAACUUAAGACAAUGGCAGUUCUUAUCGUGAUUUGCCUUUGAACUUGGUCAUAUUGAAGUUCACAAUAAGUGGAAAACAGUUUUCUCAGAGAAUGUAUUUUUUGUGCAGAAUUGCACAGAAUUCUAGAGCCAGCGUUGUUCAGCAUCAAGGCAAAAGCCCACCUUUGCUUUUUAUGGAAAGCAUUACUUUAUUUAAAGAGACAGACAAUGACACAUUUUAAUCUACCUUUGUCUUAAUUUACAGCAGGUUUUGUAUGAAUUUUUAACCUUUUAACAAAUCCCCAAACCUGGUUGAUGCCUUUGACAGUGAUGCGAGCGAUUCACCACGUCUGAGUCCCAGCAGCCGGCGUUCCUUUUGUUGUGAUGAGCAUGUACCAUGUUGGGGACGCGUGGGGGACUGUACUGUGUGCUGAGUCCCCCGCCUUUUGUAAAUGCUCUGGUGGGUUCUUGUCUGGGGAUGGGACACUCGUGGCUGGUCAGCUAGAGUGAACUCUCAAAGCUCUCACAUCUGUGCUUCCAUUACUAGUGCAAGAAACAGGCUCCAAAGGGUAGACAACGUCAGAUGUUGCAAGUCCUACUCACAGCUGCAAAUGCAUGGAAUUCUAGAUGUCUCUCUCUCUCUCUCUCUUUUUUUUUUUUUUUUUUUAAGCAAGGCUUUAAAAUGCCAGCACAGAGCCUGCUGAGUUCUGCGAGGGAGCUGGCCCCCCGCAGGGCCCUGUGCCGGGUGCGCGGCUGCCACCUGCUCCCCCGAGUGCAGAGGCACCUGGAGUGAUUCUGGCUCCAUGGAGCCCCGUGUUUUCUCGUGGGAACCCUCCUUGGACACGGUGGCUUUGUCUCUGACCAGCAGAUGUCUGUGCCACAAAUCCCGCCUCUGUGUCGGACUUGCAAGAUUGAGCGUUUAUUCAGGCAAAAACCGGGCAACAUGGUUACUACACGAUCUGUUCCCAGAGGUUUGAAACAUUCAGUGAAACUUUUUAAAACUUGGAUUGCAUGAUGUAUUUUUUUUUAGAAAGUUAUUGUUUGAGAAUAAUGUCUUUUUAUACCAGGAAAUAGUUAUCCUGAAUGACGUUGAAAACUUCCCUCCCCUUUAUUUUUUUUUAAUCAAUACAUGUUAAAGUAACAA